AUGGCUCAAGCUAUCCCACCAGAAGAAAAACCAAUUGGAUCAACUAGUUCCACAACUGGAUCAACUGGAACCAAUUCCACUACUCAAUCAAAAGGUUCACCAGUGGAAAACUUAUUGAAAUCUUCAUAUCCAAGAAGUGCAUGGUUUUUCGCAAAUUUCUUUGUUGUUUUAAAUACAAUUUUAUUCUUAUUUUCAUGGAAAUCUGGUGGUUGGUUAAAUAAAACUUGGUAUAGAUUAAUUUUUAUUAAUGCUUUAGCUUCAUUUGGUAUUGUUACUUAUGAAAGUUUAGGUCAAUAUCAAAGUAAAACUGGUUCAAUUAUUUAUGGUGCGCUACUUUCAGAUGAUAAUUCUCAUUAUUUAUAUGAUGCAUUUAUUUGGUUAAUUUUACCAAAACAAAGUCUUGCUACUGCACCUUUUUAUAUUUUUUCAUUUUUCCAUGUCUUGAGCUUUAGUUCAACUCAAAUUUUACCAGCAAUAAAUGCACCAAAUUCAAUUUCUUUAAAAGUUUCAAAUUUUGCUAAACAAUAUCAUGAUUUAUCAAGAAGAUUAGCUUCAACUUUUGAAUUAUUAUUAUUUAUUUUUUUGGUUUUACAAUCAAUUUUUUGGUAUAAAGGUUCAUGGAUUUCUUUAAUUUUAUAUUCAAUUUUCAUUAAAGUUAAAACUGAAAGAUCAAUCUUUACAAGAAAUACUUUAAAAAACUGGGAAGUUAGAAUUGAUGGUAUUGUUAGUGCUCAAAAUAUUCCACCAGUUGUUAAAGCUCAAUGGGGUACUACCUAUUCUUGUGUCGCUCACUUUUCAAACGAUCGUGUUGAAAUUAUUGCUAAUGAUCAAGGUAACAGAACCACCCCAUCUUUCGUUGGUUUCACUGAUACCGAAAGAUUAAUUGGUGAUGCUGCUAAAAAUCAAGCUGCUAUGAACCCAGCUAACACUAUUUUCGAUGCUAAACGUUUAAUUGGUAGAAAAUUUGAAGAUCCAGAAGUUCAAAAUGAUGCUAAACAUUUCCCAUUCAAAGUUAUUAAAGAUGCUGAUUUACCAAAAAUUCAAGUUGAAUUCAAAGGUGAAACUAAAGUUUUCACUCCAGAAGAAAUCUCAUCAAUGAUUUUAACUAAAAUGAAAGAAACUGCUGAAUCUUUCUUAGGUACUCAAGUUAACGAUGCUGUUGUUACUGUUCCAGCUUAUUUCAAUGAUUCUCAAAGACAAGCUACCAAAGAUGCUGGUUUAAUUGCUGGUUUAAACGUCUUACGUAUCAUUAAUGAACCAACUGCCGCUGCUAUUGCUUACGGUUUAGAUAAAAAAGAUGAAGGUGAAAAAAAUGUUUUAAUUUUCGAUUUAGGUGGUGGUACUUUUGAUGUUUCAUUAUUAGCUAUUGAAGAUGGUAUCUUUGAAGUUAAAGCUACUGCUGGUGAUACUCAUUUAGGUGGUGAAGAUUUCGAUCAUAAAUUAGUUGAACAUUUCGUUGCUGAAUUCAAACGUAAAAACAAAAAAGAUAUCUCUGGUAACCAAAGAUCAUUAAGAAGAUUAAGAACUGCUUGUGAACGUGCUAAACGUACUUUAUCAUCAUCAGCUCAAACUUCAAUUGAAAUUGAUUCUUUAUUCGAAGGUAUUGAUUUCUACACUUCAAUUACUAGAGCUAGAUUUGAAGAAUUAUGUGCUACUUUAUUCAGAUCAACUAUUGAUCCAGUUGAAAAAGUUUUAAGAGAUGCUUCAUUAGAUAAAUCAAAAGUUGAUGAAAUUGUUUUAGUUGGUGGUUCAACUCGUAUUCCAAAAGUUCAAAAAUUAGUUUCUGAAUUCUUCAACGGUAAAGAACCAAACAGAUCAAUUAACCCAGAUGAAGCUGUUGCUUACGGUGCUGCUGUUCAAGCUGCUAUCUUAACUGGUGAUCAAUCAUCAAAAACUCAAGAUUUAUUAUUAUUAGAUGUUGCUCCAUUAUCAUUAGGUAUUGAAACUGCUGGUGGUGUCAUGACUAAAUUGAUUCCAAGAAAUUCAACUAUCCCAACUAAAAAAUCUGAAACUUUCUCAACUUAUGCUGAUAACCAACCAGGUGUCUUAAUUCAAGUUUUCGAAGGUGAAAGAGCUAGAACUAAAGAUAACAACUUAUUAGGUAAAUUCGAAUUAUCAGGUAUUCCACCAGCUCCAAGAGGUGUUCCACAAAUCGAAGUUACUUUUGAUGUUGAUGCUAAUGGUAUCUUGAAUGUUUCUGCUUUAGAAAAAGGUACUGGUAAAACUCAAAAAAUUACUAUUACCAACGAUAAAGGUAGAUUAUCAAAAGAAGAUAUUGAACGUAUGGUUUCAGAAGCUGAAAAAUACAAAGAAGAAGAUGAAAAAGAAGCUGCUAGAAUUGGUGCUAAGAAUGGUUUAGAAUCAUAUGCUUUCUCAUUGAAAAACACCACCAGUGAAGAAGCUUUCACUUCAAAAGUUUCAGAAGAUGAAAAGAAACAAUUAACUGAAGCUAUUGAAUCAACCAUCUCAUGGUUAGAUGAAAACCAAUCUGGUGCUGUUGAUGAAUACACUGACAAACAAAAAGAAUUAGAAUCAGUUGCUAACCCAAUCUUAACUAAAUUCUACCAAGAAAACGGUGGUGCUCCAGGUGGUGCCGCUCCAGGUGGUUUCCCAGGUGGUGCUCCACCAGCUCCAGAAAAUGAAGGUCCAACUGUUGAAGAAGUUGAUUAA